GGCAACGGGCACGGGGAGACAGCAGGGCGGUGGGUGCAGGUGAGGGACCCUCCGGCUGGCCUGGCGGGACCCCCCCAGACUGGCACUGCCACACUCCCUCCCAGAGCCCUUUGAGGGUGACGCCUGGAUUCAUCCCCGUGCCCGGGAGCAUCCCAGUGAGAACCGACUUGGGACAGAGAGAAGACCCCAGAUUUGGGGGGACAGUGAGGGCAGCGAGCGGCAAAAUGGAGUCCUUCUCCUACAGUGGGGAUUUCUCCGAUCUCUUGUCCCUCUACAACUACACCUAUGAAUAUAGCACGGCCAUGCCCGACACCGCUAUCUCCUCUGCCCCAUGCCGGCCCGAUGGCUCCGUCCUCAACAAGUACCUGGUGGUGGUGAUCUACUGCCUCGUCUUCAUCCUCAGCGUGGUGGGGAAUGGGCUGGUGGUGCUGGUGGUGACCUCCAGCCACACCAACCGCUCUGUCACCGAUGUCUACCUGCUCAACCUGGCGGUGGCAGACCUGCUCUUCGCCCUUAGCCUGCCACUCUGGGCUGCCUACCGAGCCCAUGAGUGGGUCUUUGGCACCGUGAUGUGCAAAGCUAUCUCCAUGCUGCAGGAGGCCAACUUCUACAGCGGCAUCCUGCUGCUUGCGUGCAUCAGUGUGGACCGCUACCUGGCCAUCGUCUAUGCCACUCGGGCUGCCACCGAGAAGAGGCACUGGGUGAAGUUUGUCUGCUUGGGCAUCUGGGUCUUCUCCGUGCUGCUCUCCCUGCCCGUGCUGCUCUUCCGUGAGGCUUUCCCCUCGCCCAGCAAUGGCACUGUGUGCUAUGAGCACAUUGGUGGUGAGGACACGGCCAAGUGGCGGGUGGUGCUGCGGAUCCUGCCGCAGACCUUUGGCUUUGCCCUGCCCCUCCUGGUGAUGCUCUUCUGCUAUGGUGUCACCAUCCACACCCUCCUGCAGACCAAGAACUCCCAGAAGCAGCGGGCCAUGAAGGUCAUCUUUGCCGUGGUGCUGGUCUUCCUCAUCUGCUGGCUGCCUUACAACAUCACAUUGGUGAGCGACACCCUUAUGAGGAUACGAGCCAUCACUGAGACCUGCGAGAGGAGGAACCGCAUAGACACAGCCCUCUCCAUCACACAGGUCCUGGGCUUUGCCCACAGCUGCAUCAACCCCAUUAUCUACGCCUUCAUCGGGCAGAAGUUUCGCAACAGCUUCCUCAAGAUCCUGGCACAGCGUGGGCUCAUCAGCAAGGAUGCUGUGACCCGCUAUGGCCACGCCUCCUACACCUCCACCUCUGGCAACACGUCCACCACCCUCUGAGCCCUGCUGGGACCCGACCCUCGCAGCUCCCAGCAGGU